AUGCUAAAACAAGAGCCGCCAGCUAUGGAAACAAGCAUACCAACUCCUCCGUACGACGACCACAGUUCGCGGCCGCAGCCUGUCUCGCGCAAAAGCCCGUCGUCCACGUCCUCCUCGCUGGCCUCUGCUGUCCGUUCUGCCAAGAGCGGCAAUGGCAACAGCAGCAAUACCGGCACCCCAACCAGCUCGAUCAAUGGCCACACCCCCCACCACAACAGCCACCGGGCAUCAAAGCGAUCGGCCACCGCCCCGUCGACAUCCCACUCUCACUCCCACCACUCCACCUCCAGCCAUCAUGGCUCGCCCCAUCACGACAGCGACGGUCGCCACAAGCGCGUAUGGAAGGCCUGCGAGCGUUGUCGUAUGAAGAAGACAAAGUGUGACGGAGAGUUUCCCUGCAAGAGGUGUAAGGAUGACGGCCUGGUCUGUACCGCUGGCACGCGCAAGAAGACAGAAUACAAGCAAUUGCCGAAAGGAUAUGCCGAAGUUCUGGAGAACACACAGUUCGCAUUAGUAGCCACCGUGCACAAGCUCUACAGCAUGGUUCGCGCUGCCCAGACCUGGGAUCUCGGCGAGCCCGAGCUCAACGAGCGUGGCCAGCCGGUGAUUCACAGCAUCGCUGCCAAGCUCGGUUGCAUCCGCCCCAACAACGAUCCGGACCUGCCAAUGGGCACCUCGGUUUUCCCCGAGGACGAGUCUGACCUGGCCGAGCUCGCCGCCCAGCUCGAGGAGCAACACAAGCAGCGGGAGACCGAGCAGGCCGUCCAGGCUGCCGCCGCCCAGGCUCAAGCUCAGGUCGAGGCACAACAAGCCCAGGCCCAGAUCCGCUCGCAGACAUCCGCCGUCCCCAUUGCAGUGCCUGGCUCUGCCCCUGCCGCCAUGGUGGCCGGUGGCGGUGGAUUCGAUAUGGCCGGCCUUGGCCGUUUCGACCGUGCGAGCUCUUCCGAAGAGCUGGACACCUUCUCGGACAUGGACGACUACCGCAAGAAUGUCUUCGGCAAUGGCAACGACAGCAGCGUCAACAGCGCCAGCACGACCAUGUCGCCCCAGAGUCUCUCCUUCAACGACUUCGAUGCCGUGUCCACCCAGUCUGAUGGGUUCGUCGCACCCUCUCCGACAUUACAAACGGCCCAAUUCAACAACUGGAUCGGCGGCCGGACUUCGCUGGACUUGAGUGCUCAGACUCUCCAGCAGCAGCAACAGCAACAGCAACAGCAGCAGCAGCAACAGCAACCGCAGGCCCAGAUGCAGGAACAGCAGGCCCAGGCCCAGGCCCAGGCCCAGGCGCAGCAACAGCAGGCACAGCAGCAAAUGCAGAAACUGCAACAGCAGCGCCAACGACAGAAGCGCUCGCUUCAGCAGCGACAACAAAGCGCGACCACACAGUCACCACUAUCGCUGUCUGUUCCAUCGGCCUUGGCGACAGCCAUGCCCUACAUGGCCUCACCGACAUCCUACUUUGGCGUCGACAUGUUGCGCCAGGGACUGGUCGAGUCCAACUUUGGCACCAUCAAGCCUCAUGUGCUGUCCUGCCCAAAUCCCGAGGCGAUGUUGGGGAUGGGCGACCCGAUGAUCUUCUCCGGCGGCUACGACGAUGUGCUGAUGUAG